GAACCAGCCGGUGGUCAGCGACGUUCUCUCUGUCGUCGCGCGCGCGGAACACCUCGAGCUGCGCUCGUUGCACGUACAACACCUGCCGCGUGAUUAGGCACGCACGAUUCGUCCAUCCGUAACCCGUUCCGGCAACCUUUUUUUGAGACUGCAAAUUUUGAGCAGUGCCUCCAUCUCGAGCUGAAAAAUCGGGGCGACAUCAAUCGCGUAGCGCGACCGCCCGGGCGCCGUCGGAAUCAUGCACGGGAAAACGAUUGACGAUAACAACAACGACACCAAUGACAUGUCUAUCCGUGAGUGAAUAUGCGCAUGAGAGAAUGAGACGCGCUUGUCCGAGGCGGGAGAACAUCCUGAGGAUCGUCGGAAGCAAACAGUCUCGUCAUGAUGUUGGUUCCACAAGAUAUUAUGGGCGGCCCUUCGAAGAUGCUGUAUCAAAUGAACAAGUACUAUGCCGAGCGAGUACAAGCUCGCAUGGGCCAGGUGCAGAAGACCAUUCGGGAAGUAUGCAAGGUCGUGCAAGACGUGCUCAAGGAGGUCGAGGUGCAGGAGCCACGCUUCAUCUCCUCGCUGACCGAGUGCAACGGCCGCUACGAGGGUCUCGAGGUGAUAUCUCCGGGUGAAUUCGAGGUGGUCCUUUACCUGAAUCAGAUGGGAGUCUUCAACUUCGUCGACGACGGCACCCUGCCGGGCUGCGCCGUGCUGAAGCUCAGCGACGGGCGCAAGAGGUCCAUGUCUCUCUGGGUGGAGUUCAUCACCGCGUCCGGCUACUUGUCGGCUAGGAAAAUACGCUCGAGAUUUCAGACUCUGGUGGCACAGGCCUGCGACAAGUGUAAUUACAGGGAUUCGGUGAAGAUGAUCGCCGAUACCACUGAAGUGAAGCUAAGGAUACGGGAGCGGUAUGUCGUGCAGAUCACGCCGGCGUUCAAAUGCUCCGGCGUGUGGCCGCGAUCUGCCGCUCACUGGCCAAUACCGCACAUCCCUUGGCCGCAUCCCAACCUGGUGGCGGAGGUCAAGACGGAGGGUUUCGACCUACUGUCGAAGGAGAGCGUUGCGCUUCAAGGCAAACAGUCGGCGAUGGAGGGCGACGCGUGGGUGCUGUCCUUUACGGAAGCGGAAACCAGACUGCUGCAAGGCGGCUGCCGCCGAAAAUGUCUCAGUAUACUCAAAACCCUGAGGGACCGACAUCUCGAUCUACCGGGGAAUCCGGUCACCAGCUAUCACAUGAAGACCUUACUGUUGCACGAGUGCGAGAAACAUCCCCUCGAGACCGAGUGGGACGAGGGAUGUCUAGCCGAUCGUCUUAACGGCAUCUUUCUCCAGCUAAUAUCCUGUCUACAAUGUCGGCGAUGCCCUCACUAUUUCCUGCCGAAUCUCGAUCUUUUCAAGGGAAAGUCGCCUAGCGGUCUAGAAAAUGCUGCGAAGCAAGUUUGGAGACUUACAAGGGAACUGCUCACAAAUAGCCGUGCGCUGGAGAAACUUUAGCGUCCUUCUGCUCGAAAGCGCGCUCGAACAACGAGGACAGAGAAACGAUUACACGAUUACACGUGUAACACGAUUUUAAGAACGUUAAUACCACAUGGUAUUACGCUUCUCCGAUACUACACGCGAACAGUAUUGUAGUUACUGUUAUUACUUAAUAUACGCUUGUACUAAGGGCUUAGGGAUGGUGCAUUGUUACAAAUGACUUUCGACAUGUAAGCCAUUUUCAGUUGUACUUCUUUUCUUUCGAUAACAACCGUGAUUCAACGAGCAAUAAUGAUCUUCUAGUAGAUAAUUCGAAUUUUUUAUUUUCUUUUUAACAAUCGAAUAGUUGCAUGGAAUCAAACAAUUCAACUAGCUUUAUAUGUUUAGUUAUUUGUUUUGUUUUAAAGUUAUAUUAUUUAUACAGUUAUAUA